AAAAUCCGCAUAUUUUGAAGUUUAGCAAUAUUUACUCAAAUAUUUUCAAGAUUGACAUCUUCUAUUCAAUAAAAUGAAGCCUCUCCGUUUUCAUGGAUUAUCUUUACGGUGGAUCUCUGCCAAAAUUCUCUGACUUAAAGAGGCCUCAAAGUUCAUAUAUCGAACGAGAACUACACUUUAAUAAGUCUAAACCAAGACUGUGGUAGCUCAAAAUUGUUUUUUUGGACUACUAAUCUCAAUCUUGAACAUAGCAGCUGCUCAAUAUCCUCUAUCCCUAACAGCAUGAAAAAUUUUUAGUUAAUGGCUGUACAGAAAUAACGUCAAGAGGUCAACAUGCCUACCACCCCGAGAAGAGCCGCAGCAGCAAAUAAAAAAGUAGAAGACUCAGAUGGAGAUUUAAAGGACCAUCAGAAAAAGGAUACAAAUAAAAAAGACGCAACGGCUGAAGAAGUAUCUGAUGGAAAUUCAAGAGGGCGUGGACGACCAAAAAAAGACUUGUCAACUCCUAAAAAGGAUGCAAUAGAUGAGGAAGAGGAAACCAGUACUGAUUCUACAAGGAAGAGCCAAGGGAGGACAAAGAAAGACGCACCAGUACUAGAGGCUACAGAAACACCUGAAAGGAGAGGUCGAGGGCGAUCAAGAAAAGACACACCUGGGACCCCUACUGUUAAAGAUAACGAAGAGUCAAAAAAAGGAAGAGGUAGACCGAAGAAAAAUGAAGAAAAAGAUGGAAAGGAUGAAAUUGGCUCUCCUAGUGAUGAAAAAAGAGGACGUGGUCGACCUAAAAAAGACUUAAAUGACACAGAUACAACAGAGUCUGAUCUGAACAGUGGAAGUGAUAAAGAGAGAAUUGAGGUUACAUUACCAGGGCGUGGGACAGUCAUAAUCAAGUCUGAGCCAGAUGAUACUUUUCACAUGUCAACACGAAGGAAGACUGGCUUUAGUUGUGAAUGUGGGCAAUCUUUUUCCGUAGAAUAUCUUCUAGAGGACCAUCAGCGUAGAUGUAAGAAGGCAGAGACCAGUACUCCAAACGUUGUAAAAACUAUAAAGAAAGAGCCAGGAUUGGCCACUUCUACACCUAAGGGCAGAACAAACAGAGAAAAGGCUAAAGAUACUCCAAGGGAAAAGGUAAAGGAUACUCCAAAAGAAAAACCUAAAGUGACAGCAAAAGAAAAGUCUAAAGAGACACCCAAAGAAAAGCCUAGAGAGACACCUAGAAGAAAACCAGAGUUGAAAGCAAAUUUAAAUCCAAAAAGUGUAAAUGACAAAGCUGAAACAGAACCUAGCAAGGACCAUAAACAAUCUGAGUCUUCUGAAUCAGAAAAAGAUGCUACUGACACAGUUGAAAGCUCUGUAAAGGAAACUAAUGAUGACGAGAAUCAAAAUGAAGCUGAGGAAAAAGAUGAAGAAACUCCAAUGGAAACCAUACUAGUCAGACCUCCUGGUGUUUCUAAGGAAAUGUCUACACCUGUUUCUUGUAGUAAGGCAACUGAGGUUAAGAAGAUUCUUGUUGUGACGCCUGAAGGACUGAAAAGACAAAGUGUUCCCCAACCUGCUGUUUUAAGAGUAGAAAAGAAGCCUGUUACUCCUUCUACUAGAGUCAUGGUCAUGCCAAAGACAAAAUCAGCAGAAAAGAAAGUUGUUGUCCUCAUGGGAACGAAAGAAACUGAGGUGAGCAUUGAUGCCAUUGAUGAUGAUAAAGAGGAGGUAGAAUUAGAGGCUGUAACAUAUCAAGCAGUGGCAAUAGAGAGUGAACAAGAACCUGUCAAAGAAAUAGAAGAACAAUCUUCAAAUGUUGAAACUACUAUAGAAGAAGUAGAAGAAAUAAAAGCGGGAGAAACAGAGAUUGUAAAUGAUGUGCAGACGGCACAACAAGAAGUACAAAUAGUUGAGGUAGAUGCUGUAACAGGACAGGUUAUAGUGGUACAGAAGGGUCAGCAGAAAGUGGAGACCAAUGAAAAUAUUGAACAGGUACAGGUAGUAGAAUUAGAGGCAAGUGCAGAAAAGAUGGCACUGCUACAGGAGAGUUUAGGGUUAAUGGACAUACCCCAAGAGCCAGUUGAACAUGCUGUUGAGGAAGAUAGCUCUGAAGUAAAUGCUCCUGAAGAAAAAAUGGAUGUUGAUCUGAGUGAAGAAGGGGCGAAGACAGAAGAACAUAAAGAUGAGGACGAGAGAGAGGAGGGCGAGGUGAAAGAAGGAGAUGAUGACGAUGAAGAAAAUGAGGAGGAUGAGGAAAUUUUAGAUGAUGGAGCUUUGGAUGGUAAACGUAAGAUAACUGACGAUGAAACAUGGACACCUCUGGCAAAGAGGAUCAGAAGAUCUCUAGCUACCCCAGCAACUGCGACGAAAAAGAGUUCGUACCGACACAAAAAGCAACCAAAGAAUGCUCUAUCUCUGUUAUCUGAAGCUGCUAAGAAAACAAUGGAGAAAGCUAAGGAGGAGAACGUUGAAUUGGAUCCAGUUCAGUUGAAGAUUUUUGAAAGUCUGGUUUCAGUUGCUGUAAAAGAUGAGGACAUUGAUGAGGACGAUGACGAUGAAGUGAUGGAGGUACGAGUAAUUAAACAAGAAGAAUCGGCUGAAGGUAUUGAACUGGAUGAAGAUGGGGAAGUCGCGGCUGUUAUUUACAAUGAUGAUGAAGAAGCACUGGUAGAUAUUUCAGUUAUCGAGUCCAUGGUUGAUUUAGAAUCAGCUGAAUGUGGCAUCUGCUUCAUGAAAUUCAAAAAUUCUAAAUACAUGAGGAACCACCUCGUCACCCACACAGGAAAUAAAAAAUUCACUUGUGAAGUUUGCUCCAAAAGGUUUAUGAGAAAAUAUGACUUGCAACAGCACAUGAUGAGAGUCCAUUCGUUCAUCAAAGCUGCUCGUGGGAAAAUUAUUUCUUCAGAAGAAGACCUUCUUGCCAGUAACAGUGAAGCAGACUUGAAGACCUGUCAGUAUUGUCAAACUCAUUUCACUACUCAAUUCAUGCUGGAUGCUCAUUUGGAAGAGAAACAUUCAGAAGAACGGCCGUUCGAAUGCCCUGUUUGCCAGUCUAAGUUCCCAACUCAGAAGAAGCUUGUCCGUCACAAGGACUCGGUCCAUUCAGAACGACAACACCAGUGUGAACAUUGUGAGAAAUCCUUCAGGUUUCUAUAUGCAUUGAAAGAACAUGAAAAGACCCAUAACGAAGCCAAGCCAUUCUUGUGUGAUGACUGUGGAAAAGGCUUUGCUCUGGCUAAAUACCUACAGAAACAUAAACAGCGCCACACUGCUCCGGAAGUCAUGGACAAGGUUUAUAAUUGUAGAUAUUGUGAUAAAACGUUUGACAAUCUUCAUGAAUACCAACAGCAUAUAAGGACCCAUACAGAAGCUGAGGACAGAAUAUUCCAGUGUGACCAGUGUCCGAAACGCUUUUUCAAACAGGCACAUUUGAAAAGACACAUUAUGACUCAUUCGACUGUACGAUGUUACGAGUGUACGUACUGUGCCAAGGCCUACAAGGAUCCAGAUACACUACGGAAACACAUCAGGUUUAUACACAAGUCUGCUGAGGAGGACGGCAACAGGAAGGAGUAUCCAUGUCCGUUCUGUGACAAGGUCUUCUAUAGCAAUGGUCAUCGUAAAAGACAUUUGAUUAAACAUACAGGUGAAAGACCAUUCAAGUGUGAAGAAUGUGGUAAAGGGUUUACAGAGAAAAGGAGUCUUCAGAAUCAUCAGAGAAUACAUAGUGGUGAGAGACCUUACUCUUGCAAGAUAUGCGGCAAGUCAUUUAUCCAGCUCUCACAUUUAAAUCGCCAUACCUUCCUCCAUACUCAGAUACGGAAUUUUGAGUGCGAGGAGUGUGGUAAGAAAUUCUUUGAGAAUGCUGACCUCCAGAAACAUCAGCGAAUCCACUCAAAGGACAAGCCCUAUAAAUGUGAAUUCUGUGGUAUUGGGUUCUCACAGCCAAACAUAUUAAAAUGCCACAGGAGGCGGCACACAGGUGAGAAACCGUAUGUCUGUGACAUUUGUAAUCGUGCAUUUAUCCAGAUGGGGGCGCUGCAGACACAUCGGAGAUUACAUACUGGAGAACGGCCCUUUAAAUGCAGUUAUUGUGGACAGGGAUUUGUGUCGAAAGAGAGGAUGAAAUUCCACACCUACAUUCAUACGGGUAUCACACCCCAUAUUUGUCAUAUUUGUGGUAAAGGUUUCAGGUUAAAGUUCAAACUUCAAAGUCAUCUUGAUUCACACGAGGGCGUCUAUAGGUACCAGUGUAAAAUCUGCAAUAAAGGAUUCUUAGAGAAGACGAAGCUCAAUCGUCAUAUUAAACAAAUUCAUGACGAUCCAUCUAAUCCAGAUACAGAUAGCUAUAUUGAGAAUAACAUUCGAAUUAUACAACGGCCAGACCCAGCAACUCCAAAGUUUCAGAUCGUUGAAUUGCAUCCAGAUGACGAAACAACUACGACUCACGUCAUUGUUGAAGACGAUACACUCCGUAAUUUCAGUGAAAUUGCUGUCAACAGUAUGUCGCAGCCUGCAGCCAACGAGGAGGUCAUAGAGACAACACAGGCGGUCCCAGGGUCGUACGAGAUACAAACUUCAGAUGGAGACUCGACUAAUGCUGUACAGCAUAUCCAGUUCGAUUCAGAGUCUGGAGAAAUCACUGCCACAGGGGGGACAACUCUAUUUGAUGGUACUACGACUAUUAACUUGCCAGAAGGAAUCAUUUAUGAAGGAAUGGAGAAUGGGGAGGAAGUGGUAUAUGUGGUGAUACCAGAAGAUAAUCAAACAGUUAUCCUUUCAUAGAACUGAUAUUAUUAUGAAGGAAGUGGUGUGUAUGGUGAUACCAGUAGAUAUUCAGACUGUUAUCAUGGUUAUCCGUUCAUAGGAAGUGGUGUUUGUGGUGAUACCAGUAGAUGUUCAGACUGUUAUCAUGGUUAUCCGUUCAUAGGAAGUGGUGUUUGUGGUGAUACCAGUAGAUGUUCAGACUGUUAUCAUGGUUAUCCUUUCAUAGGAAGUGGUGUUUGUGGUGAUACAAUUAGACUGUUGUUCUGUCAUAAAACUGAUAUGAAGGAAAAAAUCAUUUUACCAAAUAAUGUAUUAAAUUAGGAAGAACGAUUUUCGAAAUCUGCAUUAAAAUACUCAUAGACAUUUAUGUUUUAAAACUGUAAUAAAUCUAUUAUAAAAGUGCAAGGCCAAAAUCAAAACUACCAGUGUUUAGGGUUAAAAAUACAACCCUAUGUACAACUUUGAUUGGUGUAUUGUAGAGCAUAGUCCAUUUACUGAUUCUGAUGUAUGUAAAAGUAAUAAGGUGUUAAAUUAGAGAGUUGUCACUGUUUGUCAGGGGUGAUCACUUGUUAUAAAAUGAUUCACUCAACACUAGCUAUUACACCAGAAAAGGUUUGUCAGGCUAUUCCAUUCAAAUGUUAUGAUAGGGUAGAAGGGAAGUUUAAUUAUUGAAUGUGGGUCAUGGGUCUUUUUCAGUAUGCCUUUAUCAUGUCUAUUACCAUUAUGCAAAAUUAUCUAAAAAAUGGUUCUUGGUUGUAGGGAUAUACAAUGUAUUCUAAAGUCCUUUCCUACCUUCCCUCAUAUAUUUAAAUGGAAUAACCCUUUCAGAAUCCUCUUGUUUGUACAUGUAUAUAUCAUGUAAAUACAUGUAGCUAUACUGAAAUGGAAUUAUUAUGUAUAACAUUAAACAUGUAUACAUUUUUUUGAAAAUUGUAUUGUGUUCAUUUUAGCAUUUUAAAUGUUUAUGAAUUUAGGGGCAACUUUAAUUACUAAGAUAAAAAAUUACAUUUAUUAACAAGCAUUUAAAACAAACUGGUCUUCAAUUUUGCAGUAAAAUUUAAUGAAUUCUGAUGUAAGAAAUGAUUAAUCAUGUUGAAGGUAAAUAAAACUGAGAAAGGAAUGUCUAUUUUUAGAAAUGAUUGACAGCCUAUUUUUAGAUUGAGGAUACAAUCAAAAAUGUUUUUAUGUUAAUAUAUAAUUUUAUUAUCAUGGUUAUUUUUCCACUACAAGUUGACAAGUCCCUCAAGUAAAAAAUGAAAACCAUGUUUCCUUCGAUCAGGAUAUGUGUGGCAGCUCAAAUUCAUCUGAAACCAUGUAAUAAAAAGAUAAAUUAAAUCGCAAAGUAAUUUUUAUGAAAAUUUUACUGAUUCAAAAUAUAAUGAAAUGAAAGAUCCUGAUUCAGAUCCAUGGGUUAAGUUUUAUAGGGUUUGUUUAUCAUGUGUGUAUGAUCAGAUCCAUGGGUUAAGUUUUAUAAGGUGUUUAUAUGAUUUACGUUUAAGUAAGUUAAACAACAUUGUACAAUAAAACCUGUUUUUUCUUUGUUAAGUUAUUGGUUUGUAUUUACAAUGAUUGUGUAUAUUGUGCCUAUGACAUGUUUAAUGAGAUAUUUAUGCAUGCUAUUUGCAAGAUGAUUUUUAUGACAAAAAAUUAUUUGAAAAUCAAAUUUCUUUCUUUAUAUUAAGUGGUACCUAACACUACAGGGAGACAACUCUAUAAAGUCAGCUAAAAGUAUUAAUUACGUUGUGUUUUAAAGUGAAUAUUAAGGUUCUUGGUGAUUAAAAUUGGUGUUUGUCAAACUGCUAUAUAACCAGUGUAAUUUUUCUGAUAAAAUGAUUGGUUUAGAAUUAUUAAAUUUUUAUAUUUUUGUUAAAGGGUCAAAGUAAAUACUUUGUCAAAAUUUUAUGAAAAUUAAACGAGCCUGACUAGUUUUAGUGAAAGUGUUGGGUACCACCUUAAUGGUCAAGGAUAUUUCCAUAAUUGUUUUAACAAUGCUUUCUUUUUCAAUUGAAAGAGGAUAUAUUCCUGUGUUUAAAAUUUAAUCAAAUUGCAUGCAGAAAGUUGUGUAUAUAUCAUGUAUAUUUACUUGUGUCAUGUGCAUUUAAGAUACGUAUUCAAACUUUAAUAAUGUUUUUAAUUUGAAGAACAUGAACUGCAAUAUUGUUUGGAGUAUGUGCUAUUUCGCUUAUGUGUAACAAAUUAUAAAAGUGCAUUUUAAUAUUUUUUUAACAAUUUUCCUUGUUGGGAAUUAAAAAAUAUAAGUUUUUACAAAACAAUUUGAAAGGGUUUUAUUUUUUCUUCAGAAUUUAGUUUAAUUGUUUGCAAACUUAAAUUGAGACUUGUUUAAAGGUACAUUGAAAAAUUCUAUAAACUUUGAUUAGUUUUAUCUAAGUUUUUUCUCUUCAUUUUCCAAAUGAAAUAUUAAUAUAAUGUUUGUUACUUUGAUUUUGAAGCAAUCGGCAUGGUUCAGUAUUUACUUUAUUUUUUAUUGGCACAUUUUUUCUUGCAAAAACAAUGAAAAAAUUUUCAAGGAUUUUAUAAGAUUUUCAAAGUGGACAUUUUGAACUAAAUGUAAUCAAUUUAUGGUAAGAACAGUAGUGGUAAGAGAACAAAAGGUUUAAGGGAUAAAACCAGAGGAUUCAGGAUAUCUGACAAAAAAUUCUAAAACAGUAGAAGUGAACAUACUUAAUUUAUUUGUUGUUGAAAAGUUGAUAAUAGACUCCUGUUGUUUCAUUGUUUCAAAUAUGUACUCAGAAAUAUCAGGAUAAAGUAACUUUUGAAAUUUAUAUUCACUGAUAAUUACCUUACUUCAUUGUAUUAGUUAAAGUUUCAUUGUUAAUCAGUUUGAGUUACAUUGUUGAUAUAAUUACAUUAAAAUAUCAAACUUCA